UGAAGAAGUUAAGGAGAAAACACAAAACUUUCACCCAGGAAAUCCUCCAAACCAUCCAACGAUAUCUGUCUGUCUUUUCAUAAAUUAGCGCCCCUAGCUGUGGCAGGAAUUACCACCUCAUACUUCAACCAAAGCUGUUAACAUUGUGCAGGGGCAUAGCACAAAAUUCUGGACCCUGUACACAAGCAUUCUCUAUGGGGCCCUCUCUGCAUCCACAGCUAUUCAUUUUAGUAUCUUAGUGUGCCCUCCUUACACCAGGGCCCUUUGUACCAACUCACCUCCACCCCCCUCCGCCCAUUCCCCCGGUCCAAACCAAGGUGGCACCUCCACACUCGGGCGUGCAUACUAAAAAACAGCACGUAACCAUGACCUUCAUCUUUGAUUGUUGUAAACAUGACACCAUCUUUGAAAAUGAAAAAGUUUCAAGACUUUAGUUACAUUUUUAGUUUUCAGUGGUUCUCCAGGGGGAUGUGCACAUGGAGUUACCUUGGAAAGGGCACCCUGAGGUCUAUGCAUACAUCCCAACCCCUCUGGUCAUCCCAGGUGGGGAAGAACACUUGGGUAGAGUUUCGAAAUUCAUGCUUUCGAGCCUCCACUAAGGCUAUGUUACAUUUGGAAAUCUUUUUAAUGGGGCAUUAUGUCCUCCCAAGACACCUAACCAAACUGCAAAUUUGUUCCCAAAGGUUCUUCCCUAGAGUCUUAAAGUGUUCCCUUUUGUCAUAAGUUGUCCUUGUUUUUAGCCAUUGUGUUGCCACAGCUAAAAACAAGGAAAUUAACUUGGCCAGAGAAGCUGAUUCUGAUUCUGUUCCAGUAAAGCUUUUCCUCUUCACAGAUGUACACUGAGGACAGCACACACGGUGACCAGAGAGAUGCUCCACCUGGAAAGGUAUCACCCGUUGGCGCUGCUGAUGCUGUGCAGCUCAGGACUCCAGGCUGAAGGAGAACACACCUCAACAGAGUCUGUCAGGUUGGUGGGAGGAGACAGUCACUGUGCAGGAACACUGGAGGUGAAAAAUCAGGAAGAAUGGAGACCAGUGUCGGGCUAUUAUUACUCUGGCUGGACCCUGAAGACAGCAGCUGCUUCCUGCAGAGAGUUGGACUGUGGCUCUGCUGUUUCUGUAGACGAGAGAAAAGAGUCCUCAUUCAGAUCUGUGUGGUGGAUCAGGUCUGACUGUGUUAAGUCUGGAUCUGCUCUGAGGGAGUGUGCAUCAUCAUUUUCCUCUUCCUCCAUCCUGUAUCUCACCUAUUCAGACUCUGUCAGGCUGGUGAAUGGGACCAGUCUGUGCUCAGGCAGACUGGAGGUGAAGACUAACCAGUCUACCCAGUGCUGGUCCUUAGUGUGUGAAGAUGACUUUGACCAGCAGGAUGCAGAGGUGGUCUGUAGGGAGCUUGGCUGUGGAGCUCCUUCAGUCCUCCAGGGGGCGCUCUAUGGAGAAGUGCAGCCUCCAAUGUGGACCAAAGAGUUCCAGUGUGGAGGCCAUGAGUCUGCUCUCCUGGACUGUAGAAGCUCAGGCUCAGAUAGAAACACCUGCUCACCUGGAAAAGCUGUUGGACUCACCUGCUCAGAGUCUGUCAGGUUGGUGGGAGGAGCCAGUCGCUGUGCAGGAACCCUGGAGGUGAAACAAGGAGAAUGGAGACCAGUGAUUUACAAUUUCUCUAACUGGACCCUGAAGACAGCAGCUGCUGCCUGCAGAGAGUUGGACUGUGGCUCCGCUGUUUCUGUAGAAGAGAGAAAAAAAGUGUAAAGAAAUGGAUCUGCGUGGAGGAUCAGGUCUGACUGUGUUCUGUCUGGAUCUGCUCUGAGGGAGUGUGCAUCAUCAUUGUCAUCUUUUUACGUCCUGGAUGUCACUUGCUUAGGUGAACGUGAUAAAAUCAUGUAGGAUAAGCAUGAAAUUUAACAAAUUAACAUUUGUUAAAUUCAGUCAUCUUGAGAUAACGUGAUUCAAUAUAGUCAGACUGAUCUUGCACCGAAGAUGGACUAGCGAGAUCACGGGAGAUCACGCGAGAUGACAAACCGUGUGCCCAGGAAAAUAACGACAUUAUCACGUGAAGAACAUGCCUGGCGUGCCUGGAAUUCAUUUGGAAAAGAGCAUCACUUGUCUGCCAUCCAACCACAUGAGUACUGGGGAAGGGGGUCAUCGGCCAUCAUCAAGUUUGUGAUUUCAAUGGUUAUUUGUACGUUUUGCCAGACAUGAAUAUUUUUGGCCUAAAACAGUGAAUUUGUCUUACUGACUGAUUCCAAUGUUGACAUGCUUAUGAUGCUAGGGUCCAGCUAAACCUGUAUUUGCCCAGUUUGUUUAGAUUUCUUUUUCUAUUGGGGUGGGGGUGUGGGAGGGAUGUGGAAGUGUAAGGCGUGUAGUCUAUCUCUGUCUGGUAGAUAUGACCUACUAAAACAUUUUAGACUUCAGCACCGGCAUAUGCAACGUUACCCAUGCCCACACCUAAACUGCCCAUGUACUUUUAAGACAUGGAAUGCUUUGCACAUUCAUUUAAGUAGAGUCCAUCCUAAACAAAACACCCAGGAGCUACAGGAAUUGUCAACAUAUAGUUGUCAUUUGUGCACUUGUAGUGAUCUUCCUACAGAGAAGGAUUAUUUUUCACACAUUGGCACUCAUUUGAAGAGUAAUGAAACUGUUCCUUGUAUGUUUGGGGUUUGUAAUUUUCAAACAAAUGUAUACGGAACAUUUCACUCUCACAAGAACAGGAAACACAGUCGACAUACAUUGAAAGAUUUCAAGCCAGACGUAGUUAGAAACACUCGUGUUUCACAAGAAUCCUCUUAUAAUCCUGAGGAAGAUGCAGGCAAUCAAGAUGACUCUGCAGUUGAAGCAGACAGUGCAUGUUCAAAUAGUGAUGUAGAUGUAACCAAUAACUUGCCUGAAGUAAUUGAGAAUAAUUUUGCAGCAGCGUUGCAAGUUAGAGCAUUUUGCACAUGUCCCAGGCAAAAACAUUGAUGAGUUCUUAGAGGAACUGCACUACUUAAGUUCAGCAACAUUACCCCUCUCCACUGACAUUCUUAAAGGGGUAUUUCAGAAACAUAGUCCCACAACUGAUAGGUCUGCGGUAACAGAAGUAGCAACUGCUCUCUGCACUUCUAAUCCAUUGCUCAAAGCCAUAGAGAAGGGGGGGUCCCUUAAGCUCAACUUAUCUCCGCAACAAGUAUUAUCAAGAAAGCUUUAACGUUGUAGAACCCAUUGAAUGUGUUCUUGAUGCCAAAGAAAACAGAAGUUUUCAGUAUGUUCCUGUACUGAAGUCUUUGCAGCAACUCUUUAAGAAAGAUGUUGUGGACAGGGUAGAUGAAAACCACAGAGCACAGAAGAGUAAAAUGGCGAGUGGUGAACACCACAUUUACAAAUCUCCUCAGGAUGGUUCACACUUCCAGCAAAACAUUUUUCUGUCAGGGGAUGAGAUGAAGAUAUUGUUACGUUUAUACAUAGAUGAUUUUGAGGUUUGCAAUCCUCCGGGUACUUCUCGCAGGAAACGUAAGCUUUGUGGAAUCUACUGGACUGAGUAAUUUGCCUCCAGGCUCAUAUUCAUCACUAUCAUCAAUUUACUUGGCAUUGUUGUGUAAAACUGAUGAUGUAAAUAAGUAUGGUUAUGACCAUGUCUUACAUCCUCUUCUUCAAGACAUUCAAAACUCUGGAGCAAGACGGAGUUUUCAUUCCAUUACUUGGCAGAUUUGUUAAAGGUACGAUUCAGGUUGUUGCAGCAGAUAACUUGGGGGCUCACAGUAUUGCAGGAUUUAAUGAGAGCUUUUCUUGUGGAUAUAUCUGCCGAUUUUGCACAGGAACAAAAACAGACAUCCAAACAAAAGAUGUAAAAUCAGGUGCAUUCACCCUUAGGACAAAAGAUCUCCAUGACUCUCAUGUGACCUCAGCUCAGGAGAAUGGUACAAGCUGUUUUGGGGUGAAAAGACAUUGUGUUAUCACCAAAACGCUUGCCCACUUCAGCAUUCACACAGGCUAUCCUCCAGAUAUUAUGCAUGAUCUGUUUGAGGGCAUAGUGCCAGUGGAGCUAGCACCAUGCUAGCUCCACACACACACACACUAGUUGGCAUUGCUUAUAUCCAAGAAGUAUUUCAGUCUUCAAACCCUCAACAAAUCCAUCCUGCAAUUCCCUUACAAGUGGGCUGACAAGACAAAUAGGCCACAUGUGGAGGUGGAAACGCCCAUGAAAAUUGGGCUCUAAUAAGACUACUCCCAUUCAUAAUUGGGCACCUGGUGCCUGAGGGUAAAAUGGCAUGGCAAAUACUGUUGGAUAUAAAAGACAUUGUAGAGCUUGUGGUUGCGCCAACACACACAGAUGAGUCCAUUGCCUAUCUUGAGGGCAAAAUUUCUGAGCACAGACAAAAGUACCAAGAACUCUUCCCUGGUGUGCAACUGCUCCCAAAACAUCAUUAUUUGGAGCACUAUCCUCAACUGAUAAGGAUGUUUGGGCCUCUUGUGUGCCUCUGGACAAUGCGUUUUGAGGCCAAACACAGUUUUUUUAAGCAGGUUGUGCGACACACCAAUUGCUUUAAAAAUGUGCCCCUCUCGCUAGCCACUAAGCAUCAGCUCAUGAUUUCAUAUCACUUGAGAUCAUCCAGUUUUGAAGAAACAUCCCUAGAGGUUACAAACGUCUCAACAGUCCCUCUGGAUGUUUUGAAACAAGAAAUAGCUCAGACUAUUGAAAAGAACUUCCCUGGUACAACUGAAGUUCACCUUUCCAAGUGUGUGUCAAGCAAAGGUGUACAUUUCAGAAAUGGGAUGAUAGUUGCUCAUGGUUCUACAAGUGGUUCUACAAGUGGACUCCCUGACUUUGGAGAGAUUCUUCAGAUUUGUGUUGUUCAGGAGAGACUGUGUUUCAUGGUGAGAAGGCUUUCUGGGUGGUACAGGGAACAUUUCAGAGCGUUUGAGCUGAGUGUACAUCCUAUCAGAGAAACUGUUCUGAUUGAACUUGCUGAACUGGCCGAUGACUACCCUUUGGCAGACUACUUUGUUGGACCUCUAAGACUGGUGACAUUAAAAAGAUACAUAAACAUAAGGCGGUCGUGAAAUUGCUGCUCCAGUGAAACUCAGAAUCAUUCUUGGAGAAAAUGAUUCCCAGAGAUUGAUCCUUCCAGAUGGUAUGCCAGAGACUCUCAUCAAACUCAUACAGGAAAUUAAGAGACAAUGUGGAGUAGAUGGGGACUUCAGGCUUCAAUUCAUGGAUGUUGAGUUUGGGAAUGAAUUCACCAACUUGGUCUCAAUGUCAGACAUCCAGGACAAAAGCUCCAUCAAGGUCAUCUUUAACUCGGUUGCACCUUCCCAGCCUGGUGGCACCCCGCCCCCUCCCUACUCAGCUGCUGCCACCUCAGCAACAAUGACUCCUCAUCCCUUUCAUCUGCUGGUAGCUCAUUUGAUACAGACAUAUUGUCUUCUCCUGAGUCCACCUCCUCGAGAUCCACUGCUUGGCCCAUUGUUUUUCCCAUGCCCCGGUUUGCUUAUGAUACUCAGCUACAGCUGGACAGGGCCAAUGCUGCUUUUAAAGAAACUGGAGCUUUGUUGAAUCCUGAUACUAAACUUAAAUCUGCUAUUCUUGAUGGCUUAGCUGAAACGAUCGUCAAGUACAAAGUGUACCUCUCUGACAGGGAGUUUGAUGAGGUAGCAGAAGCUCUGGUAACUACACAUCCAUGUUUAAAAGAGCCAGGUUCAGUGACUGGGUAUGGCGGAUGGAAGACAAGCCUGAAGUAUAAACUUGCUAACUACCGAACAAAACUCCGAUGGCUUGGAUGCCCAGAAGUUACUGUGAAUGCCUUAAAACACAAACCUGAGAGCAAAUGCAGUCCAGCAUAUGGUGUAAAGAAGCCCAAAAAGCCGAAGUGAAUUACUGCCCCACCUAUCCGGCCGGUGAAACAGCAGAGACACUAGAAGAGAUAAGAGUGGCACUCCUCUCAGAAGUAAAUAAGAGACACAAUGUGCACAAGUUGGCGGCAAUGAUGGACAAGACCUUUGCACUCAGAAGGCAAGAGGUAGUUGCGGAGGCCCCCAUGAUAGCUGAUUUCAAAACGAGGUGGCCAGCUCUCUUCAAUGUGCGUGAGGUGAGUGCAGAGUUCAAGAGAAUCACAACGAUCCAUUUGGAGUCAAAGUUCUUCUCCGAGCUUGAUGUGCACUCUGCAAACCUGAUGAAGACGUAUACCAAGAAAGGUGGAGUUCAAGGAAGAAAAAUCAAG